AUGCCUCAGGAUUUGUUUCGACCAUGGCUCGCUUCGGACACCACCAAUGAGACGUCCAAAAUGUUUACCGUUGAUAGAAUAUUACACGACAGAUGCAAACAGCACGACGAGCGUGUAAGAUCUUUGCCGAGCUCGACAACAUCAACGAACAGCCCUUCUGUAACUCUGGCGAUAUCUGAGGACGAAGGCUCGACGUCGUCGAGCGCACUUGAACGUACGCCGUUCGCGAGUCCGGGUGCCGCGGGACCAUCGUCUUUCGCGAGUCCGGACGCCGAGGGACCAUCGUCUUUCGCGAGUCCGGACGCCGAGGGACCACCGUCGGUCGCGAGUUCGAUGGGACCCGGGUUCCUCCAUACCUUUCCUAGCCUAUAUCCAGUGGUGCAUCUCGGUGUCCACGCCGGGGUCUAUUGCGGAGUUCAACCGGGGUCUAUCUAUUCGAGUAUCCUAGCUCCUAGAUUGUACGAUCGGUCCGUAGAAGAAGCGGUACAGAUGGUUCAUCGACAGGAUGCAGCCGCCAAACAAAUGAAGAAAAUGCGUCCCAAGAAGUUCCGGUGUCAGCAUUGCAACAUGGCGUUCAGCAACAACGGCCAGCUCACGGGCCAUGUCCGCAUACACACAGGUGAGAGGCCGUUCACCUGCGACUUCGAGUCCUGCGGAAAGUCGUUCACCAGGAACGAGGAGCUCACGAGGCACAAGCGAAUUCACACCGGCGUUCGGCCGCACUGCUGUCUGCUUUGCAGCAAGCGAUUCGGCCGUAAGGAUCACCUGAAGAAGCACACACGAACCCAUGAACCUCGCGAUCCGUAUCGUGUCCCGGCGGCGGCGUUAAGCAUGCUCGCUCUCAGCCAGUUACAGCAAGCCAGCGAACUUUCGCCGUACGUAUACCACGUCUGA